GAGGUCUGCUUACUGCCGAACCCUUAAAUUUUAUUGAAGAUAUAGUAGUGCUUAGAUUUAUCAAUGGUUUGCAGUAAGCAUUUGAUAUGGCUUCUCAUAGCCAUCACUUGGUUUUCUUCCAAACUGUCCGAAGGUCGUGAAUACCCAUGGACUAAAGCUCAUGCCACUUUCUAUGGUGACAGUUCGGGCAGUGAAACUAUGCAGGGAGCUUGUGGAUACGGCAAUCUAUUCCAACAAGGAUACGGCCUAGAGACAGCAGCGUUAAGCACUGCACUCUUCAAUGGCGGUUUAACAUGUGGUGCAUGCUUCGAAAUCAGAUGCUACAAUAGUGCACAAUGGUGUUUGAAAGGCAGUGUUCGUGUAACCGCAACAAACUUUUGUCCUCCGAAUUACAGCUUACCAAACGAUAACGGUGGUUGGUGCAACCCUCCUAGGAAACAUUUCGAUCUAUCUUUGCCAAUGUUUCUCAAAAUCGCCCAAUACAGGGCUGGAAUCGUACCAGUACUGUUCCGAAGGAUACCCUGUCUUAAGCAAGGCGGUAUUAAAUUUGAGAUCAAGGGAAAUCCAUAUUGGAUGCUUGUGUUAGUUUACAAUGUUGGCGGCACCGGUAAUGUUGUAGACGUGAAAGUUAAAGGGUCAAAAACGAACGAGUGGGUUCAAAUGUCGCGCAAUUGGGGUCAGAAUUGGCAAACAUCUGAGCAAUUGCUUGGACAGAGCUUGUCAUUCCGAGUUACCACUCAAGGAGGCAGGACGGUUCAAUCUGAUAAUGUUGCUCCAGCUAAUUGGGAAUUUGGGAAGACAUACGAAGGAAGAAACAACAUUGGAUCGGUUUAAAUACUUCUGUUUUGUUUUGUUCUAUUGAGACCGAACCGCUUGUUCGGCUUUUGGUUAUAUUUUUUUUAUUUUUUUUUUGAGGUUAGCCGACUUUCAGUCGGGGCCAGUUGAUUGCAUGUCUGAAUGCGCUAA